AUGGCCAGUCGUAUAGCAGCUCCACUUGCGGGCGCAGCGAAAGCCCAUCUAACAGCACUCGAAGCCCGCUGGUCUGGCUCUUUGCACCUGCAGAUGCUCGCUGCUCCCCUCCGAAAAUGCAUCGUCACCUCACGCAUCCUGCCAACAUCGCUCAUGCUGCAACUCAAACCCGUCACCCUCCCCAACAGCACCACCGCUAUCCCAUCGAAGUCAAAACGAGCCGGCUCCGAACGCAUCGUCAUGCUCCCUGAUCAAAUCCUGCACCCCAAAUUCGCGCGCAAGAAACCGGACAAGGGACUGUGGGUGACGCUCGACCCGCGCGUCUAUGCGCAGCUGCACAAGAAGGCCAGCUACAAGAUUGUCAGCUCGGAAGCGACGUUGCUUGCGGGAAUGGAGGAGCUGGUGGAGCGGCAAUUGGCGGAAAGGGUGGUGCAGGAGGCUGAGCUGUUAGAGAGGAGGUUUAGGGGAAGGAGACGAUUGGAUUUGUUCGAUGCCUCGGGAGAAGGGGAGGACUGGGCGUUCUCGAUACAAAUCGCGGCGAAGGGCGAGAAGGGAAGAGAUGACGAUGCAGGAGUAUUGGGCACGAAGCCGAGCUUCAAGCCGACGUUCAAGGAUGUGGCCCAGGCGGACCGCUUCCGGUCGGCCAUGCGUGGUCUCACACCAGGGGAAACAAGUGCCGAGAGCAAACCAGACGGCAAUGCAACAGUGGAAUAUGCGGAGAAAGUAUACCGAGCAAGGCGGUCGCAUCUCACUGCGCCACUGGGGAUUGCAUUGUACCGGCUCAAGAUGUGGACCUCAAGCCCGGCACCAGCGUCACACUCGAUAGUGUCACGGAGAAUCAGAAGCAAUUCAUGA